AUGGAAAAACAAAAGCAAUUUAUACCGGAACGCCUUAACAACUAUAUAAUCGACGGAUGUCAACAUUGUAGUAAAACUGAUCGACUAGAAUUAAAAUGCUUGAAAGAAAGUGGCCCUAGAAUACCAUUAGCUGGUGUAAAAACAUUCCUGUACAAUCCAUUACAACUUUCAUUACGAAUGUAUGAAAUUGAAAAUAUCCAAGGAAAAUACGUUAAUGAACUAUCGCGGAAAACAUUUCCACUUGAGCUAGGUAAAUUCUAUAUAAAGAUAUAAGAUAAAUAAAUAAAUAAGUUUUGGUAAAAACAGCAUAUUCGUUGCUCGUUUAGAAAGCCACUGUAUACGUAUUAUAAUUUUAGAAAGUCACAAAAGCGACUGUAUUCUCCAUUUAAUUGAAUUUUGAUAAAACAAUUUAUCGAUUUUAGACAUUAUUAGAUUAAAAUAUAACAUAAAAAUAAAAUAAUAUUAUGUUUAACGUGUCGAGUUAAAUGCUUUAGCUACGUUAAUUCAAAACUUGAAUAAACCUAUGUUUGAGUCGCCGAGAAUAAUUUAUCCAGGAUAUGACCUAUUGCCCUUGACAAAAAUCAAUCUGAACCAGGAAAAUAAUGAUGAAGAAUCAUCAUUUUUAAAGAACAGAGAUAUUUCUGAUUCGUGGAAGACUUAUUUGGAUAAUUUGCCGCUGUCCAAAUCUAAGGUCUCAACUAAUAAGUAAUUAUUUUCAUCUUUCGUUAUGUCAAAUCAAAGAUUCAUUCAUAAGAGUACAUUUAUUUUAAAAUAUUACAUAAAUUAAAGUUAAGAUAAUUUAUUAUUUGGUUUAGAGUGAUUUAUUAUAAUAAUAUUAUGACAUUUAUAAAUCGGAUCAGUAGCAAAAUAGCAAAAUGUUAAAAAUUGAUAACAUUUUCGGUGAAUCGAGUAGAAGUACAAAAACGAAAUCAUUAUAAUUUUCUAUGUUUAAAAACAUUUGUAAAAGUAAAUACUAGGGUGAACCAAAAAAAAAAAAGAGCUGAUACUGGGGAUGGGAGCGGCCACUGUUGUAAGUGAAAAAUUGAGAAGGUAGGAUACAUAGGAUUAUUUCAUUUAUAUCUGUAAGCAACGAUAAACUAUUGUUUGACGAAAGACGAUUCCGAGCGCAGUUUGGUAAUACAUAAUUUGAAGUGCCGUCAUUUUUUUUGCGAUUUUCGUUUAAAUUUGAUUUCAAAAUGUUUAUUAAAAAAAAAAGUCAUCCGAUGAUUUUGGAAAUUUUAUCACGUCUAAGUAAGUCCAAUAUAAAUUUUAUUACCAAAUUUCAGAUCUCUACGUGUAUUUAUAACCGGAUUGCAGCAAAAAGACUCUCAAAAUUAA